AUGCAAAAAGGAUGGGCGAGAUAUAUAAUACACAGAUAUCUCGGUCCGUAUCUUCAACAAACGUUAUCAUUGGACCAAAUGGAUCUGACAACACGAUCAGUUUCUUUAUCAGACCUGCAUUUAAACGUUGAAUGUGUCAAUCAGAAAUUACAAGAAAUGAACAUACCAUUAGAGUUAGUCGAUGGUUUUAUUGGCAACUUAGAACUUGACAUACCCUGGACAUCGUUAUCUUCUAAAUCAAGUAAACUCACAGUUGAUAAGCUCGAACUGGUAUUCUCUGUUUUGGGGGAUUUCAUGAACGAAGAACUUUUGACUUCAAUGUUUGAAGGUGUUGCAGAUAGCAUUGUCUCUCCUGAAGAUAUAGCCAAAGAUUUUUAUAAAACGAAUGAAGAUAAGGAGCAUGGGAACGGGAUACAGUCCUUCAAAAAGGUCAUUGAUACAAUCGUUUCUCGCUUCUGCUUAGAAGCAAGAGAUAUUACCAUACGGUUAGAAGUUCAUUCAAAGUCUGAACUCCAUAUUACUCGAGCUGUUGAGAUUGUCAUCAAAGAGGCUUUAUUCCAAGAUGAACAAAUCAAAAAUGAAGAACCAGAGUUUGCAAGUUCUCAUGUAACGAACGCUAUUGCAGAUGCUGUUAAAUGUAUUCAGUUCAAAGAUAUAUCAGUGUUCACGGAUUUUUUUUGUGAGCUCGAAAGUGAGCAUGAAGAGAAGAGAAACAAAACUAAAGCGAUGUUCACAAGUGAUACUACAAACUAUGCAUCAUGUUACAGUACAAUGGAAGAAGCGAGGACUGACAAUGAUUUAACUGAACAAGAAGAAUACGUCAGUAUUGCUUCAAACCCCGUUAAGUUCCUAUCCAUUCCAAUAGAAUCUGAAGUAAGAAUAUCAUUUGGAGGUUCAACUGGUCAGGUCGAAAUAGAAGUGAAUUGUCCUAAAAUUUUCUGCGUAACAGUUCCAUCACAGUUAGAGAUAAUCAAAAGUAUUUUCAACUUCUGGAUAGCGGGUAGCAAUAAAUCUCCAGGACUAGAUAGGUCACAACGUCAAAUUGACGAAGAGGAGUAUGGGAAAGUUAUACAAGAUUCGGAACCCUUCAGUUCUCAUUAUCAAUCAUUAGGAGGAAGGUGGAAAGAAAGACAGGACUUCAGACCAUUCGAUGAUAUCGAGUUAUCAGGCGAAACUGAAACACAUUCCAGACCCAGAAACAGUUCUAGCAACUGCAAUGAAAUAAACGAAUGUGCAGCAAAGCUCAGCAGUUUACAACUCAGUAAUCCUGCUGAUACCCACGUCAGAAUAGAUAUUGGAGAAUUCAUUUGUUGUUUACCGUAUACUGACCCUCUUUCAUCUUUCAACCCUGCCAAAGCUGACAAUAACGUUUCCUGUUUAAAAGAUUUAUCAGAGAAGUUUUUCAAUGCCUUAGAUAAAUUCGAGAAUACUAUGUCGUUCGAAAAUAUGAACUUGAACGAGGAAUAUUUGAGAGUGUAUACCAGUGCUGUGGCGUAUUUAGACAUUCAACGCGACACUUAUGAUUCACAAAUGAAAAUCAGAUUAACACACAAUGAAUUUCAUAUAUCAGAAUGUGUGAAAAGCAGUGAAGGUGUGUUUGAGCAACAACCGAUUCUAAUCUUCGAAGAAAAAAACAAAAUAAUCGGUGAAUCAGAGCAGAGAUGUCCAGUUGUCGAAAUAGCCUAUUAUUCGGAGAAGAAAAGUUGUGUCGUUACGGCAAUGGGAAUGAACCUAACUGCUGAUGUAACAAUACUUAACCGUCUAAAACAUUUCUUCCAUCCGAAUAGAAUAUUCAGUAUGUCAGCGUUGCAAUCUUAUGGUGAUAGACAUCAUCGAGAUGAUUCAGAAAACAGUAAUGGAAUCGAGAUAACAUUAAAUUGUGAAAGCAUCGCUUUCUGUUUCAAAAUACCUAUUUCGGAUAUGAGGGAAACAACAGAGAGAGAUUCUGGUGUUCAUAAAGAACAUUUAGAGUUCAUUAUGUCCCAAGCAGUUUGCGUUUUGAACUUGUCUCAACAGUUUGCGUUUGAAGCUCAAUUGAAGUCACUAUCAGGGGAAUUCGUAUACGAAACUCCCGAAGGAACUGUUGAACGCAGUAGACUAUUGGAAGCACACUCCUUAAAUGAUAAACUUUUGAGGUUCGAAAUACGUAAUUCAUUGCAAAAACUUAACGGAUCGGGUAUUUGGUCAGAAAAGAAUGAACUUACUUCUUCACUCAAACCCAUUAUUGAAAAUCGAGAAAAAAUGGAAGGUCUUUUCUCACCACUCCGGAAAAUAUUUAUUCCUUCUGAGAAAACUGAAGAUAGAAAAAUUAUCCAAGCAGGAAAUAAUGACGAUCUUCUCAACUUCAAAAACAAUGCAAUGAAAAACUCGGAACAUGUCAUAAGUCUUUCAUUGCCUCAAGCGGUAGUGAGAAUCAACAACCUUGAGAUAUUAGAACUUCUCUACAAUCGAUUGAGCAGCGACUUACUGUUAUGGGAGCCGGAUUUCCCAUCAAAUUCUGGAGUUUCUGGAAUUGAUGUGAAAGUUUUCAAAGAAUUUCCAUCUAUGAACGAGAGAACGAACAAUGAUUUCCUUGGAGUCAAUGAUGAUGAUAAAGAAUUUUUCAAGUCGCACGCUUUCAGUUUCGAUCUGAGUGUUGAUAAACUGACAACUGUAAUGCAACUUACUAACGAUAAAAAAAUGGGAGCUCCCGAAACCAAACAUCUUAAAUACACUGGAGACAACUUUGAUUUCUUUUUUACUAGUGGAUAUCAUGGCGAUUCCAAUCUAUCAUACUUGUAUGUGAAAUCACAAACAGUCAGCUUAGGAGAAGAACCUGAAGAUAACAUGGAGGGCGAACGAGAUAAAUCAAAGACGUUUUCCGGGUUUAGUACGCGCAAAGAUAAUUCGUUGCCAAUAUCAGAUGAAGCUACGCUCUCUUUAUCCUGCAAAAUUGUUUUUGAACCUGAAAGCAACCGAAAAGAAAUACUGACAGCUGUGAACGUCCGAAACUUCUUUUUAGAUUUGAGACCAGAUUUCAUUGAUACUCUUGUAAACUACGUCCCUUCUCUGGGAAAUAUUAAAACUUACGAAAUCCCUGGUUAUGAAUUUCCUCAGAUUAACAACGAUGUUCAUUUCUCAAUAGAACAAGGAUUGAUCAGCUACAAGCAUUACUUAUUCAAUCUACAGAAUGAUUUUGGUUUAGAUUUGUUCAUGGGAUACUGCUACAUGAGUGCUUCAUUCGGAGAAGGAAUGGAAUAUAUCAAGUAUAAUUUCAUUAUUGAACAAACUUGUCUAUUUCUGUGUAAACAAUUGCAAGAAGAAACAGAUAUGGAUUUCAAAACAACGAAGGAGAAGGUAGCGUCUACGAAGCAUAUCAACAGAGUCAAAGUAGUUGACAUCGAUUCACUUCAUACUGAAUUUUUCUUAUGUUGCCUGCCACCUGAAAAACGUAACAACAACACGUUAUCUGAUCUUUCUUUCGAAAACGAUGUCAUUCGGUUCUGGAUGUGUGCUGACUCGGUAGUAGCGUUGUUGAGCAUUCUCAACGAUCUCGCAUCUGGAGAUUCUAUCAUAUCUUCAUCUACUCCCGGCGAUAUUUCUACUAGACCAUCUUCCUCUGAUACUCUCAACCAGGAAACAACUUCAUUCGAAGAACCUUCGUUGUGUCCAUCUAGGAUUCUAGAGGUUAUAUUGUUAUUCUACGACAAAUACAAUCAGAUUUUUCAGAAAAUCACCAAAGCAUCUCAGGAACAUCCCCCGCCUUCGAACAAAAUGUUAUAUAAGAACUAUGAUUUCUCCCUCGUCGAUACUGAUUCUGUUCAUCCAAUUCCUGAUCCUUAUGCCAACAGAGAAGCGUUCGCUAUCAAGACAGAUGAUGAGUUUUGUGUGAUAGAUGAGGGAGUUAUUGGAACUGGUAUACUGAAUGAAAAUGCCGGACACUCUGUUGUCAAAAUCAAUAAAGCAAGAAAGAUCCUUUUUGAUCCAUGCUUUCUGAAAAAACCGAACUCUCAGUUCAAAAACGAGGCCAUCAGUUCCUACAAAAAUCCCGAUUGCAAACCUCUUGUCAGAUUUUUCUGUAACAAUAUAAGCAUUCAGGUGAACUUUUUUGGUGGAAGCGAUUUCAAAAAGAAUGAAGUUCGUCAAAGCUAUAGUGGAUCACCUAGAGAUCGUAUGGAUUCCUCGAAAGAGAAAUACAGCAAGUAUGCAAAAAGCAUAGGACGAGAUGAGAGUGUUGCGAUCAAAAUAGAUCUGAAAAAGAUAACUGUGUUGUACAAUGUUUAUCAAGAGAAGAGUGGAACUUCUGCAACAAAGUUUAUUGCACUGAAUGACAUCGUGAUCACAGAUCGGCUCACCAUCAGUCCUAUAAAAGAGAUUUUGUAUCAAUACACUAAGAUGAAUGUUCCCAAACGAAGCUGUGCUCCAUUCCUUGCUGUAAGAAUACUCGAAACUACUGGCAAAGAAGGAAAAAUUCGAAUUUCUAUGUUGCCUGCCAAGCUCAACAUCGAUCAGGACACUAUGUUGUUUGUGGAAGAUUUUGUUCAAGAAGUUCUUCUCUCAUGCGCUUCUCUCUUUCCAAGAGAUGAAUCAUUUAAUUCUCUGCAAACGGUUAUCCCAAAAAAUCAAUGGCAGUCUGAUCUGAAUGCUGAGAAACAGUCUGAAAGUGUUGUACCAGAGCCAAAAGAAGACAUUUUAGUGAACUUGGACGAACCAACAGAGUUCGAAAACUCGUCCGAUAAAAUUUAUCCAGAUGUGGAGAAGUCCCCAUCUUCUGAGAAUGAGGAGAACACGAAAUCAACAGAUUCCAAGAUAGUCCCAUCAAAUGAAAUUUAUUAUAGAGAGUUCGUCUUCUUCCCUUCUGUUUCUGUAUAUAUUGAUUAUCACGGCAAAAAUAAGAUGAAUAUGGACCGUGAGGGUGCAAUGAUGGGUAUUUUACGGGGAUUUGCUCAAUUAAAUGGAACGGAAAUUGUACUUAAAGAAUUAGAAUCAACAAAUGGGUUAUUAGGAAUAUCUCGCUGCUUAGAUUUUGCUUUAAUAGAAUGGAGUAAUGAUCUGAUGACGAACCUGCCGAAUGUACUAGCUAGUUAUGGGCCUAUCAGUCCUAUUGUACAAAUCGGAAGAGGAUUCAUGGACUUAUUCUGGUUGCCAAUAGCUGAAUUCAAAAAACCGGAUGGUCAUAUCGUAAAAGGAAUCCAGAAAGGCGUGGGGUCGUUCAGUGUAUCUUCCGCUGCGGGUAUUGUUGGCAUCGCGCAGUCUGUUGUUGGCGCUGUUCAGCUUGUCGGGGAAGCCGUUCUCAAUGAAGUUCAGCCGGAGAAUGCAUAUUUGAAUAGGAAGUAUCGGCAACGACCUUCUUCUUCAAAUGCACCUCCUACCAAUUUCCCUCAAGGUCUUCAAAUGGCUUAUAAACUGAUGGCAGAAGGUGUGAAACAAGUUAAGGAAGACUAUCAAAUAACCACACAAGAAGACAGAGCAACAGGAUCAAACUCUUUCAAAACCAUCGUUCGCUUGGCUCCACCAGCUCUGUUGAGACCUUUGGUUAUCGGGUUCCAAAUAAGUUUUCAGUUGUUAGGAGGAAUUAGAAAUCAACUACGUCCUGAUAUUUACAAAGAUGAAUGCUUGAAAUGGGAACAAGAACAAAAUGUUCCAGGUGGUCAACAAGAUUAA